UCGAACACGGCCAUAAUGCGUGAUGGAUUGAGAAGACUCCGGCUGCGGGUUGUACGCUCGGCCUUCUACAGUCCACAGAAAGAGAAGGAGGAGAAAACGAAAAGGAGCAAUAAACGUUUUCCGAUACGGAACGAUGGCCCAACAGAAUCAGCCACAUUUCUCCAUAUACGCCGAGAAUAUAAAACCAACAUUGAUUAAAUAUCAAAAUGAGUACAAGUGCCCUUUCUGCAAAAAGCUGGGAGACUACAGUAUCAUGGUGCCUCACCUACAGAGCCAUGAACCCCACGUUGUAAAGUAUGCAGGUUUUACUAUCUACAGAUGCAACACAGGGUGUGUCACAAGUGGCCAUUUCCAUUGUUGUUUUUGUUUAAAAGCCAUUGUCAAAAGGCGUGGCUUUCUAACUCACUUACAAAAAUGUCAGAAAUUGGUUGUGCCCACCGUGGAGAAUGUCCCUGCUGCACCCGCCAGAGAGACCGUCCCAUCAGUGCCAGCCGGAGAGACCGUCCCAUCAGUGCCAGCCGGAGAGACUGUCCCAUCAGUGCCAGCCGGAGAGACCGUCCCCGGUUCACCUGCCGGAGAGACCGUCCACAUUGUUUCUCCCAAAGAGACUGUGCCCUCCCUGUCCGCUAUCAGUGCCUUUUCAUCAGUAUCUGUUACUACUUUUAGAGGAUCACAAAUUCUCCAACUUUCAAAAAGGAAGAAGACAUUAUGUUGCUUUUGUAAUUUGAGGUUGUACAAAAAAAAUCUCAGGUUACAUAUAAAAAGACGACACUCUUCAACAAACGUUGAGAAAAACAAAUCUAACAGGCUUCCUUCAGUUUGUAUCGAUUCCAGAAGGGGCAUUUUUGCAGUGGCAAAAACUUCCACUGGGCCAAGAUACCCUAUUCAUGUUCAAAAGUGCACGUGGGGAGAUAAACAUGUUGUGAUCUGCGAGUUAGUGAAAUGCAAACAAGCAUCAGAAUUUUCUCAAAGGAGUGGGUUAAUGGGAUUUGAAUGCUGCCAUCUGAGAUCUUUGGCCUUCUCUCCAGUUCCUUCUAUGUCAGAUGUUACACUUCAGGAGGAAGUAUUAACUAGAAUGGUGCAAACAAAAUGGUUUGGUAAGGAGACAAUGAAAGCCUGUUUACAUCGUAAACAGAUGGCAGAAACCCAACAGACGCCAUUAAGUAAAGAGAUUUCUCUUGGAGAAGAAAAGUCACAGAUCUAUCUCUCGGUGUUUGAACCACAUAUAUCAUUCAGGUCUCUUUUGGGGAGAGUGAUGGUCCAUUAUAACAAGAACCUGAAUACCUGGCGCUGUGCCUCUUGCAAGCCUGUGUCCUCCUGUAUACACAUGGCUAUAUCAAAAUGGCAUUUAUUUCAAACACGCCCUGAACAUUUUCAGAAAGUUAAGACAACAGGAAAUGAUGCGUUUGAUCCUGUCACCCAAGCAAACGCCCUUCUAAAAUGAUGGCCAGGAACCUAACAAAAAUUUUUUAACAUUUCCUUAGAAGAAACAUCAGGCUCCAUUCUCCAGUAUCCGGCAGAGGGCAUUGAUGAGCAGUUAUCCACCAGGAAUCACCCACAUGUAUUCAUCCAGUGAACGGCAGCUGGUGACGGAGGGCGGCUGUUCACACAGCAUUUGCGGUGACAGAACAAGCUGAAUACAGCCACACAGAAUCCUUCUACAUCUUAUAGAGGCGGAGGCGUGGUGAGCCGAGAAUAAAUCUGUGUACAGGGGGAGAGUGUCACUCCCUUCGUUACUGUCAAUGGAGAAAGAUGACAUGGAGGAGGCCCUUCAGAAAUCUGAUAUCUGCAUUUUCAGAAGAAGAUUAGGAGGAGAGGGGAUGGGGCCUUGGACCCUUCACCUUUCUCUUUUUCACAUAUGGGAGAUGUGCAUCUGUUUUUAGGUAAUGUGAAAGGAAAAAGAAAGACGACUGUGUUCUGUGAGAAAAUGUAACAAACAUACUUGUCCCUCAUUGUUCUGUUACAAUCUACAAUUCUGGUUCUAUAUUUAAUAUAUUGUUUAAUGUUUUUGUAAUAAAUGUUGCAAGCCAACUUCAUCUUUAUGAUC